AUGAGAACUGCACAUUACGAUUUCACCCAAAAGCUCCUUCCUCUCAACACCACCCUCUCCAAAUUUCCCCUUCAACGCACCCCACCCCCACCCUUCUUUUUCCAACCCCAUCGCAUGGCCGAACCCUCACGAGCCGCAAAUACACCCGUGCCGAACCCAAUCCAACCCAAACCCAACCCCCUCGCCGAUAACAACAAUCUGCCAAAGGAGAUUCCGCCGCCGCCGGAGAAGCCGGAACCCGGUGAUUGUUGCGGCAGCGGCUGCGUCCGAUGCGUUUGGGAUAUAUAUUAUGAGGAACUCGAACAACAUAGUAAUCUCUACAAACAGAACGAUCCAAACCCCAAACCUUCUUCAUAG